CUCCACAUACAUUGCGCCUUUCAGGGGCCAAAACAAGACCUGAGACCUUCACCCUACCGAAAAUGUGACGAGGAUAAAGAAAGGAGCUUAGAAAAGUGAAGAAGUUACAGGAACGUUUUAUUUAACCGAGGCGAGUUGGUCCAAGUUUUUCCAGCAUCUCCCAACUUCUCUCUGAUGAAGUUGAGCUCUGUGGGAGGAAACAAACCGGCGCAGCAGAAACCGCUGUAUGAAGACCGCAUGAAGAGUGGCUGGGUGUUCGGGAGCCUGAGGAUCAUUUUAAAAGAGUCCUGAAGAACUCGUGGAGAGCUGUGAGCCGGGCCUAUGGGAACGCAAUGAAUGGUCAAAAGUGAGCUGAGACGCCAGCCAGAGAAGCUUUACAGAAGGCAUCGACCGUGGGCGUAGCUCUUCCUUCCAUGAGGUGGGUGAUCUACGAGAGCUGGAAAUGAGGGCGGCAGCCUCCGUUUCCGAAGAGACUUCGAACAGCGCCAGUGGCGGGGGUCACACCGUCCUGCAGCGACUCCUGCAGGAGCAGAUGCGCUACAGCGAUGGUAGAAACUACCUUGCUUUACAACAGCAGCAACAACAGCAACAGCUGCAGCAACAACAACAGCAGCAACAGACACAGCAGCAGCAGCUCCUGGGUCCAGGAGACGAGCACUCCAUGGUUCCUCACAAUGCCAGGCAGGAGCCACAGGGCCAGGAACUUCAGGCAGACAGUGGCAUGGAAAAGCAGCUGAACCCAAGAGUAGGUGGAGGAGCAGCAGGAGGCAGUGGAGGAGCCGGGUGCCAGGGCCCAAACCCGGAGGACUUACCCUCAUAUGAGGUGGCCAAAGUGCAGUCACAGUAUUUUCGUGGCCACCAGCCACAGCCACCGCUUGGCCCGACAGUGGGUGCUGCUUUCUAUGUUACCGGGGUUACCAAUGGAAAGGUACGUCCACCUGAGGGCCGUUCUGCAGUGCAGCGGCUCAGCAUGGCCAAAGUGCACCAGGACGAUGGCUUAAAGGACCUAAAGCAAGGACAUGUGCGCUCUCUAAGUGAGAGGCUUAUGCAAAUGUCGCUGGCCACCAGCGGCGUUAAGGCCCAUGCUCCUGUCACCAGCGCGCCACUCUCACCCCAGAUGCCCCAGCCCCCUGGGCCAGCAGGGGACUACUACAAACCAGCAGGGCCCCAUCGGGGGCCACCACCAGAUUAUCCCUUUAAGGGCCUACCCUCGCCAAACAAACAGCCGCAUCAUCAUCCACCACACCAGGAUCCAGGACACUACUUUCCAGAUCACCGUGCUGCAGGUCAGCAGACCAGAGCUGAGAUCCCUCAUGUGCGCUACCAGCCACCGCCUGAGUACGGCUCCUUCCGCUCCAAUAAAGAGAGCUCAGGCCACUCUCAAAGACCCAUCCAUCAGCACAGCCCUACGUCCUCCGUCACUUCUAUAGGCUCCCUAUCUCGAGCUCAGUCGUCCACCCUCAGCAGCAUCUUGGCUUCCUCCCAUUCCUCUCCACCCAUGGUCCACCAGGGAGAGCCACCAUUCCCAAUGGGGCCACGGAGUCCACAGGGGCUAGGCUCCCACCAGGGUGAUCCGUACGGGCUGGGCCCGCCUUACCCUGCGCCUCAACCGCGACCUCACGGCUUCCCUCAUGACCCCUACGGCUCAGCACCCAGGGGCUUCCAUCUGCACCAGCACCAGUUUCAUCCACAGGGACAGCAGCAGCAGCAGCCUGGUCCUGGGCAGCACUACCCACACCCCCACUCACUACAGAAUGACCCCUAUGCCAUGCUAGCACGUGCCCAGCAGAUGGUGGACAUGCUUAAUGAGGAGAAUCGGCAGCUCAAGCAGGAGUUGGAAGUCUGUGGGGAAAAGGUGUCCAAGCUGCAGAAGCUGGAAAUAGAGAUCCAAAUGGUGUCAGAGGCCUAUGAGAACCUGUCCAAGUCCUCCUCUAAGAGGGAAGCCCUGGAGAAGACCAUGAGAAACAAGCUGGAGCUGGAAGUGCGCAGGCUGCAUGACUUCAACAGGGAUCUAAGAGAACGCAUGGAGACAGCCAACAAGCAGCUAGCAGCCAAAGAGUGUGAAGGCACGGAGGACAACCGCAAAACCAUUUCUCAGCUACUGGCUCAAAAUAAAGAGACGCAGCGGGAAAAGGAGAAACUUGAUAUAGAGCUCAACGCACUACGCUCUACCAACGAGGACCAACGCAGGCACAUUGAGAUCCGUGACCAGGCCCUGAACAACGCUCAGGCUAAAGUAGUCAAACUGGAGGAGGAGCUUAAAAAGAAGCAGGUCUAUGUGGAGAAAGUAGAGAGGAUGCAGCAGGCUCUGGCUCAGCUUCAGGCUGCAUGUGAGAAGAGAGAGCAGUUGGAGCACAGGCUACGUACUCGGCUGGAGAGAGAGCUGGAGUCGCUCAGGAUGCAACAGAGACAGGGAGGCUCACAGAACCCCCCAGGUCCUGAGUACAGCACGUCAGCCCUGAUGGAGCACCUGCGCGAGAAAGAGGAGAGGAUUUUGGCUUUGGAAGCAGACAUGACUAAAUGGGAGCAGAAGUACCUAGAGGAGAGUGUGAUGAGACAGUUCGCCCUGGAUGCCGCUGCCUCUGUCGCCACACAGAGGGACACUUCAUCAUCCAUGAUCAGUCACUCGCUCAGCAGCAGCUACGACACUUCAGUGGAAGCUCGCAUUCAGAAGGAGGAGGAGGAGAUCCUCAUGGCAAACCGCCGCUGCCUGGACAUGGAGAGUCGCAUCAAAAACCUUCAUGCACAGAUCAUUGAGAAGGACGCUAUGAUCAAGGUGCUGCACCAGCGCUCGCGUAAGGAUCCCAUUAGCAAGGUGGAAGGACCAUCCGUCAUGCGUCCCUCCAAGUCCCUCAUGUCUAUAGUCACAGGCUUAGGCACACUGGGUGGUUCAAGCACGCUGGGUGGCUCAGGCACCCUAGGAAGCUCUGCCACAUUGGGCAGCUCAGGCCUAUUUUCCCACUCGCUUGGGCUUAGUGGAAGCAGCCCAAUCACAGAGGAACGGAGGGAGGACCGCAGCUGGAAGGGCAGUCUGGGUGUGUUACUGGGACCAGAGUUCAGAGCUGACUCUCUGAGGACAGAGUCCAUCUCAUCAUCACCGUCUCCAGUCCUGCCCUUAACCCCCAUGCCAGCUGCUACCCACUCAAAGACAGGCAGUCGGGACAGCUGUACCCAGACAGACAAAAGCCAGGAGAUGAGCAAACCCAGCACCCCGGCACUACAGAGCGUAGCAGCUAGCAACCGCAUCAGCAGCCCUAGUCCUAUUUACAUCCCAGACCGCAUCGCAGAUGUGCCAGUUUUCCACAGCACUACGUUAGAGAGAAGAGCUCCAGUGCAGUCCCAUCCUCAGCAGCCCCUGCCUCAACCACAACAACAAGAUAUGGAAAUUGAGAUGGUGGAAAUACUUAUUUGAAUCAUGUAACAUGCACUCACUCUCACAAACCAGGUGAAGGAUUCCAUUAUGUCUACAAGUGCUUCGGCCAAAACGUCGUUCGGGGACUGUUAGAGAGUGUAUUGAAAUGCACUACACUUUUAGUGAUAUUUUAUGCAUUGUAUAGAAUAAAGGCCUCAGUAUAUGUUUUGUAAAACAUUUUGUACAGUAUUCUAUAGUGGCAUUUGUAUACCCUUCAGAAUUAAGGACCAAAUGUAUUGGCAAAUGUUUUCUGCAUUUAUUGCACUACUUUUUAGCUUUCAAUAUUAUUGAGUAGAUCUUUUUUGUAGCGCACAUAGACCAAUGUUAUAAAAUUUGGCACUUGAGUAUACGAUAGAAUGGUAUCUAGUGGAAGAGUUGUUACAUGUAAAUACUGUAUCUAAAUACUGUUCUAAAUACUGUUCUAAAUACUGUAAGACACAUGUAAGAUAAAAGAAGAACUGAAUGUGUACGGCCCUGUGAACCUAAUAGGCACUGUCAGUGUAGGACCACAGUGUUAAAAGACUUAAGGACUCACAGAAUUGCUCUGUGGUCCAUAAUCUUGUUGUGCUGUGUGUGCAAAAGUGAACGGACCCAACUGGCUUUGGGUUUGUUGUUGUGUGUGGUGUGAUGUGAGUGAAUGUGGUUUUAGGGUUUUGACCAGUAAGUGUCCUUCUUUCCACUCAAACUGCAGACUUACUGUGCUUACACACCAGACUUCAUAAUGUGGUGAACUAAAGCAUUCAAUUCAUGUGCUAUAGCAAUAUCCAUUUCACAUUUUUUACACAAUGGUUACUAUGAAUAGAUUGCUAUGUAUAGUACUAAUGGUUUUAGGCAGUGGUGUAAUGUGUGUGGCAAACAGACUUAAGUCAGUGUUUUCAGUUUUCCAGGAACAGUACAGCUCAGUUUUUGACCAAAGUUUACAGGAACAUUUACAGGACCGCAUAAUUUACCAGUAAUUGAUGCAUUGUUAAAGAUGUUAGAGCUUAACGUGCUAUAACAAAGCCGCAUGGGCACAGAAACUUUGUUUAAAUAAGAGUGUUGGAAGCACUUAGGCUUGAUCCGCUUUUAAAUACAUUUUUGCGCAGGUAACAUGUGGUAACGGUACACUACUUAUCAGAGAAACUAAUACACAACAACCCUUCAAAAUAUGACAAUAAAAUACACCAAAAGUAUAUGGGCACCUGACCCGACUAUGAGUUGGACAUCCCAGUUCAAAAAACAAGUAGUACUAAAAUACAGUGAACUCUAUGUCAUUCUUUCAGCUAUAACAACAGCCUCUUCUGAGAAGACUUCUCACAAGACUUUGAAGUAAAAAGAGCAUUUGUAUGGUUGGGCACUGAUGCUGGUCAGGAAAGCCCCCAGUUGGUGUUCCAGUUUAUUCCAAAGCUGUUCAGUUGGGCUGUGGUCAGGCCUCUGUGCAGGCCACUUAAGUUUCAUUAAACCAAGCUUUUCUUUAUGCCAUGCUGGAACAGAAAAGAGCCUCCCCUUUUAGUUACAAGCAUAGGUCUAUAAUUUCCUAUGUACAAUUGCAAUUGUUGUGGCUGAUAAACAUGAAUUUAAAAAUUAGAAGGGGUGUCCCAAUACUUUUGUCCCUAUAAUCUGCCCGAUUUUGCCAAAAUUCAGUGGCGAGUAAGAAUCUGUAGCGUUGGAACCUAGUGUGCUCAUCUAAAAUCCACCACUAGGAUGAUGGCAGAGGACACAAAACUCAUGUAUAAAACUCCACUUUAAUUACUCACUCUCAUUUACCCCAUUCCCCCAGAACAGCUGCUGUUAUACAGAAUGUCUUUUUAGCUCCUUGGUAUUGGUGGUCAAAUUUUUUUAUUAGCUGAGCCCUAAUAAAAACUACAAUGCCAAAUCACAAUAAUGAAAAGGGUUCCUGUGCUUCUGAAUUAUGUAACAGCAGUAUUAUGAAUACAGUGGAAACCACUUCCAAGUGGCAUGAUCAGUCUGGCUGGAUACUGGAGCUGACCCAUUUAAAGAUGAUCAAAAUGUUCCUAUUUUCUACAGAAACUAGACAUUUUCCUUAUUUUUGCACCAGCCUGCAAAAGGAAUUUAAAGAUUGAGAUAUUCAGUACAAAUAGUUUCUGCAGUUUUCAGUUGGAAUCUCUGAUAGAGUUAGAGAGAAUCUGUAAUAUAUUAACAAAUAUAUAAUAGAAUCACAUGGUCAUGUCCCAAAUGUACGUUUAAAAAAAAAAGAAAAGAAAAAAAAAGACACCAACAGUAUCAGUAAUAUGUAAAUGUACUCAUUGUCUGUAGCAGUAUGAGUUUUGUUAAUGCUAUUUCACUGACUUAUCCAUGACAUAUACAUGUUCUGUAUUAUAUAAACUGGUACUUGACAUUUCCUGGACUGAUUUGCCCAAAUGUUUACCAAUAUGAGCACGUUUUUUAAGUUGUGAUUUUAGGAUACACUUAAGUCAUUUCAGCAUUGUUUUACCAACCACUAAGCCACAAACCGUGCCUUACAACUGGCGUUUAGAAAACCAGACUCAUUUCUUUACUUGUACAUUUAACAUUUCCGGCAACUUCUUUAACUUUGGGCACAGACAAUAGACCCAAGAACUGUUGGCUGAAUUUUGGUUGGGACCAGUCUGCAAUCUUUACAUUUGCAUGAACUAGAAACGUCUACAACAAAUGUCUACAAUUUAUUGUCUAGAAAUGUCUACAAUUUUUCUUUGAGAAAGGUGCCUUACUUUUUCAUAUAUCAUGUACAUUUUAUCUGUCUAUAGUGAUUUACCUGUAUUGAUAUAAGCUGUACAGCCUUUCAUUGUAAAGAUCAGUUUAAUACCAUGCACUGGUCACUAAAGUCAUUCCAAUGUUUUUUUUCCUUUCCUUUUUUUCCUUUGUCCACUGGUCCCACCUAAAGUUCAGAAUUAUGUUAUUCAUCUUGAUGGUCUUGCAACUUCUGUUACAUAAAAAGUGUUACAUUACGUUUCAAAGUGUGUUAGUCCAGCUCAGGAUGGCAUUUAAAAGAUCUAAUAAUGUCUUGCUGGUUUGAAUUUCAUACAGCACAUACCGGUCCAACAAUAACUAUUUCCCUCCUUUAAAUAAGGACUUUUUUAAAAUUGUUGUAUUGGUUUCAUCACAAUGUGUGUACCCUAGCUGCUGCUUAAUAUUAUUACUGUACAAUCAUCCAUUCAACCAAGAUAUUUUCUUCAAUCAAAUAUUUUGUUUUACGAAAUUCAUCUCAUACAAAUCAUUUGCAAUUUGAUGUUUUUAUUUGGUUUCUCCUCCUGAACAUGUUCCAAAUAACAUUUUAUUAUUG